UAUUUUAUGACUAUUACCCGUCUCGAUAAUACAUCGGCAUCUAACAAAAUGGUAUAAUCCAAGAGGUAGGGAAGACCUGUAAGUGAGACAAAUCAAGCCUGUGACAGCGGAGAAAUCGGAGUUUUAUAACAAGUAAUUACUGUACAGAGGCUAAAAGAGUACAAAACUGUACAAUGUCCUUAAAGCCACGGAUGGUAAAUUUUGACGAGACAUGGAACAAGUUACUGACAACGAUCAAGGCUGUGGUGAUGCUCGACUAUGUGGAGAGAGCCACAUGGAAUGAUAGGUUCUCUGACAUCUAUGCCCUGUGCGUUGCAUACCCAGAGCCUUUAGGUGAAAAGUUAUACACAGAGACCAAAAUCUUUCUUGAGAACCAUGUUCGUCAGUUGUACAAGAAAGUUCUGGAAUCAGAGGAGAAAGUUUUAGUGAUGUACCACAGAUACUGGGAUGAGUACAGUAAAGGAGCCGACUACAUGGACUGCUUGUACAGGUACCUCAACACUCAGUUCAUCAAGAAGAACAAACUAACAGAAGCUGACCUGCAGUAUGGCUACGGGGGAGUGGACAUGAAUGAGCCACUUAUGGAGAUCGGAGAGUUGGCAUUAGAUAUGUGGAGGAAGCUAAUGAUCGAGCCACUUCAGGCUGUCCUCAUCCGGAUGUUACUAAAUGAAAUCAAAAAUGAUCGUUGCGGUGAGAAUCCCAACCAGAAGGUAAUCCAUGGGGUCAUCAACUCCUUUGUUCAUGUUGAACAGUACAAGAAGAAGUUUCCACUAAAGUUUUAUCAGGAAAUCUUUGAAGGGCCAUUUCUGACCAAAACAGGAGAGUAUUACAAACAGGAAGCCUCCAAUCUACUGCAGGAAUCCAACUGUUCACAGUAUAUGGAGAAGGUGUUGGCACGGUUGAAAGAUGAAGAAGUGAGAUGUCGGAAGUACCUGCACCCCAGCUCCUACGCCAAAGUCAUCCACGAAUGCCAGCAGAGGAUGGUGGCAGAUCAUCUGCAGUUCCUACACGGGGAGUGCCAGAACAUCAUUCGGCAGGAGAAGAAAGAUGACAUGGCCAACAUGUACACCCUGUUGCGGGCCGUGUCUAAUGGGUUGCCGCAUAUGAUCCAGGAGUUGCAAGUCCAUAUCCACAAUGAGGGUAUCCGAGGAACCAGUAACCUCUCUCAGGAAAAUAUGCCAACCCUGUUUGUGGAAUCAGUGCUAGAGGUUCACAGUAAAUUUGUUCAGCUCAUUAACACAGUUCUAAAUGGAGAUCAGCACUUCAUGAGUGCCCUCGAUAAGGCUUUGACGUCUGUGGUUAACUUCAGGGAGCCCAAGUCCAUCUGCAAAGCCCCUGAACUCCUGGCGAAAUACUGUGACAAUCUACUGAAAAAGUCUGCAAAGGGAAUGACAGAAAAUGAAGUGGAGGACAAGCUGACCAGCUUCAUCACAGUGUUCAAGUACAUAGAUGACAAGGACAUUUUUCAAAAGUUUUACGCUAGAAUGCUAGCAAAGCGAUUAAUACAUGGUUUAUCGUUGUCAAUGGAUUCAGAAGAAGCCAUGAUCAACAAACUUAAGCAAGCUUGUGGCUAUGAGUUCACCAGCAAACUCCACAGAAUGUACACAGACAUGAGCGUGAGUGCUGACCUCAACAACAAGUUCAACAAUUUCAUCAAGACACAGGAGAUGGUGGUGGACCUGGGAAUCAGCUUCCAGAUCUAUGUAUUACAGGCUGGAGCCUGGCCUCUCACACACGUCCCCUCCUCCACAUUCGCCAUCCCUCAAGAACUAGAGAAGAGCGUGCAGAUGUUUGAGUUGUUCUAUAAUCAGCACUUCAGUGGGAGAAAGUUGACCUGGCUGCACUAUCUCUGCACAGGUGAAGUAAAGAUGAACUAUCUAUCCAAGCCCUACGUUGCCAUGGUGACCACCUACCAGAUGGCUGUGCUGCUGGCCUUCAACAACAGCCAAACAGUGACCUAUAAGGAGCUGCAGGAUGGCACGCAGAUGAACGAGAAGGAGCUACAGAAAACAAUAAAGUCCCUGCUGGACGUCAAAAUGCUCAACCACGACUCACAAAAGGAGGAGAUUGAAACCGAGUCGACGUUUUCACUAAAUAUGAGUUUCACUAGUAAAAGGACAAAGUUCAAGAUCACAACAUCAAUGCAGAAAGACACACCACAGGAGAUGGAGCAGACGAGGAGUGCUGUAGACGAGGACCGCAAAAUGUAUUUACAAGCUGCUAUAGUGAGAAUCAUGAAAGCCCGCAAGGUGCUCCGGCACAAUGCCCUCAUCCAGGAGGUCAUUAAUCAGUCCAAAGCCAGGUUCAACCCCAGUAUCAGCAUGAUCAAGAAGUGCAUCGAGGUGCUCAUCGACAAGCAGUACAUCGAGCGAAGCCAGACCUCAGCAGACGAGUACAGCUACGUUGCAUAAGCAGAAGAGUCGAGCCACAGAAACACCCACCUCUGUGACUGACUGACUGAUAACAGGUUUAAAACACGAAACGGACUCCUUCAUUCAUUUUAGGUUUUGGACUGUCUGCUCCGAUCCCCGUGCAGCAAAAUAAAGCGAAACCGGUGCCUCCAUCUUUGAAAAGAAGAAAAGUCAUCGUGUCACGUCAUCAUCACUCAUAAGGCUCUCCUCCCAAACCCUGCCCACUUUCUGAUUUUUAAGCUGUUUACAACAUCACCAGUGCCACGCACGUGUGCGUCAAAGAGAAUGCCUGUAGCUGUUUGAGAGCAGAGAGCUGAUAAACUACAACAGAAAAUAAAGGAAAAAAUAAAAAAUUGGAGACACUUUUAAAAGAAAUGCUUUCUUUUCUCACAUUUGCCGUUGUUGUGUGUUUAUUUUUUUUCUUUGUUAAAUGUAUUAAAGUUAGGAAAACAUUGUAAUAAAAUGGUAUACUGAUUAUUGUAUCUACUUUCAAAUAUAAAGACAAACAUGAUCCUGCUGCUUGUCAAAUAAAUGAAUAAAAAACACAGAUGGGUUUAUGUAAA